UUGCCACCGACCGAUCCAUCGUCAUCGUCAUCGUCACCCUGAAAAAAAACAGGCAAACUUUCUCUCCUUGGAUUCUCAUCCGUCCGUCCGGCCGGCCGAUCGACAUGGGGCGCCGCUCUGGAGGAGGCGGCCGCGGUUCCCGCAGCACGCCACGACCCGCAGCCCCGGCACCCAAGCCGGCGUCAGCUUCGGCGCCGGCCAAGAACUCGUCUGCGCCGGCGCCGGCCCAGGCCCAGAGCUCCUUGCACGGAUCCGUUAAUGACGGGUUCGGAUUCGCCGUCGGGAUGAGCAUGGCGCGCUCUUUAUUGGGCGGCCGCAGAGAGGAGCCGGCGCCCGCCUCUUCCGCCCACGCCCACGCCGAGGCCAACGCGUGCGGCAUCCACAACCAGGACUUCAGCAAUUGCAUCUACACGAACGCGGGCGACAUCAGCCGGUGCCAGAACUACUUCGACCUCCUCUAUCAGUGCCGGCGCCGCGGAGGAGCAGGAGAGGCGUCCACCGUCGCCUAAGCCCUAAGAUUUUCAGAUCUAACUCGUCGACUUAUCAACCAGCCAGUCAGUCAUUGAAUAAUAGUCAACAACAAAUGAGAUAGAUAGAUAGAUAGAUAGAUAGAUAGAUAGUCAGAGUCAGAGAGAGACACCGAUAUGUCUUGUCUUUGUAAACAUUUGCAUCUUCUCUCCAUUAGCUGAAUUUAUAAAUUUUGUAUGGAUUUUAGCACAAAUUUGUUCAUGCACUUUGGUUGUGCCAUGGAUGGAUCGAUGAACCGAUGGAUGAGUCAAAUUUUUUUUGUUUGAA